GUCCUGGAACCGGCCUGGGAGCCGUGGCGGAAGGAACCCGAGGCCGCCUGCCCUCCCGCCCCAUGGAGCGUCCCCCGGGGCUGCGGCCCGGCGCGGGCGGGCCCUGGGAGAUGCGGGAGCGGCUGGGCACCGGCGGCUUCGGCAACGUCUGCCUGUACCAGCACCGGGAACUUGAUCUUAAAAUAGCAAUUAAGUCUUGUCGCCUUGAGCUAAGUACCAAAAACAGAGAACGGUGGUGCCAUGAAAUCCAGAUCAUGAAGAAGUUAAACCAUGUCAAUGUUGUAAAGGCCUGUGAUGUUCCAGAGGAAUUGAAUAUUUUGAUUAAUGAUGUGCCUCUUCUGGCAAUGGAAUACUGUUCUGGAGGAGAUCUCCGGAAGCUACUGAACAAACCAGAAAAUUGUUGUGGACUUAAAGAAAGUCAGGUACUUUCUUUACUGAGUGAUAUAGGGUCUGGGAUUCGAUAUUUGCAUGAAAACAAAAUUAUACAUCGUGACCUAAAACCUGAAAACAUCGUUCUUCAGGAUGUUGGUGGAAAGGUUAUGCAUAAAAUAAUUGACCUGGGAUAUGCCAAAGAUGUUGAUCAAGGAAGUCUAUGUACAUCUUUUGUGGGAACAUUACAGUAUUUGGCCCCAGAGCUUUUUGAGAAUAAGCCUUAUACAGCCACUGUUGAUUAUUGGAGCUUUGGGACCAUGGUGUUUGAAUGUAUUGCUGGAUACAGGCCUUUUUUGCAUCAUAUGCAGCCAUUUACCUGGCAUGAGAAGAUUAAGAAGAAGGAUCCAAAGUGUAUAUAUGCAGGAGAAGAGAUGAUGGGGGAAGUUCGGUUCAGCAGCCAUUUACCUCAACCAAAUAGCCUUUGUAGUUUAAUAGUAGAACCUAUGGAAAACUGGCUACAGUUGAUGCUGAAUUGGGAUCCUCAACAGAGGGGAGGACCUGUUGAUCUUACUUUGAAACAGCCAAGAUGUUUUAUAUUAAUGGAUCAUAUUCUAAAUUUGAAGAUAGUGCACAUUCUAAAUAUGACUUCUGCAAAGAUCAUUUCUUUUCUGUUGCCACUCGAUGAAAGUCUUCAUUCACUACAGUCACGUAUUGAGCGUGAAACUGAAAUAAGUACUGGUUCUCAGGAGCUUCUAUCAGAGACAGGAAUUUCUUUGGAUCCUCGGAAACCUGCCUCUCAAUGUGUUCUAGACGGAGUAAGAGGCUGUGAUAGCUAUAUGGUUUAUUUGUUUGAUAAAAGUAAGACUGUAUAUGAAGGACCAUUUGCUUCCAGAAGUUUAUCUGACUGUGUAAAUUAUAUUGUACAGGACAGUAAAAUUCAGCUUCCGAUUAUACAGCUACGUAAAGUAUGGGCUGAAGCAGUGCACUAUGUAUCCGGGCUAAAGGAAGACUAUAGCAGGCUCUACCAGGGACAAAGAGCAGCCAUGUUAAGUCUUCUUAGAUAUAAUGCUAACUUGACAAAAAUGAAGAACACUUUGAUCUCAGCAUCUCAGCAACUGAAAGCUAAAUUGGAGUUUUUUCACAAAAGUAUUCAGCUGGACUUGGAAAGAUACAGUGAACAGAUGACAUAUGGAAUCUCCUCAGAAAAAAUGUUAAAAGCAUGGAAGGAAAUGGAAGAGAAAGCUAUCCACUACGCUGAGGUGGGUGUUAUAGGAUACUUGGAGGAUCAGAUCAUGUCUCUGCACACUGAAAUCAUGGAGCUACAGAAGAGCCCAUAUGGAAGACGUCAGGGAGACUUAAUGGAAUCUUUGGAACAGCGUGCCAUUGAGCUAUAUAAGCAGUUAAAGCACAGACCUCCUGAUCAAUCCUACAGUGACAGCACGGAUAUGGUGAAGAUCAUUGUGCAUACUGUGCAGAGUCAGGACCGUGUUCUCAAGGAGCUGUUCGGUCACUUGAGCAAGUUGUUGGGCUGUAAACAGAAGAUUAUUAAUCUACUGCCUGAGGUAGAAAUGGCCCUAAGUAACAUCAAAGAAGCUGACAAUGCUGUCAUGUUUAUGCAGGGAAAGAGGCAAAAAGAAAUAUGGCACCUUCUUAAAAUUGCCUGUACACAGAGUUCUGCUCGAUCCCUAGUAGGAUCAAGUCUAGAAAAUGCUGUAACCCCUCAGGCAUCAGCAUGGCAGCCCCCAAAUUCAGAAGAACGUGAACAUCCUCUGACAUGUGUGGUAACUCCUCAAGAUGGGGAGACUUUGGCACAAAUGAUAGAAGAAAACUUGAAUUGUAUUGGCCAUUUAAGCACUAUUAUUCAGGAAGCAAAGAAAGAACAGGGCAAAAUUAUGAAUCUUGAUUGGAGUUGGUUAACAGAAUGAUUUUCCAUCUUCUCACCAUUUUCAUACCUGGAAGUAAUUGCUGCACAUGUUGGAAAGUUUUUUUCUAUGAAACAUCCUUUGGACUUGUCAAUGGAAGAAAUAGCUAUGACAUACUUAGAAUGAUUUACAAACAGGAUAUUUUAAUUUGGAUAUUUUUAACUUAGAUAAGACCUUAUGGGAAAAUAAAAAGAAUCCUUUUAAUACUACAUACAGUUAGUUAAGAGGACCAUUACAAUCUCUUUGAUUUGAAAAAACAGAUGGACUAAAAAUAGUGUUUCACGUUUAGCUCUUGGGCAUAAGGCAAUAGGCAAUACAUUUGAAGAAAACUUCAACUGACGUGUAUUUUAAGUAAAAGUUGUCUGUGUUGGGGCCAGAGAGGUGAUGCGAGCCUUAAGACAUCUGUCUGCCUUGCGCUCACUAGCCUAGGAUUGACCUUGAUUCAAUCCCCUGGCAUUGCAUAUGGUCCUCCAAGCCAGGAGCGAUUUCUGAGUGCAGAGCCAGGAGUAAUCCCUGAGCAUCAUGGGUGUGGUCGGAAAAAAAAAAAAAAAAACUGGUCUGUGUUUCUCCAGAAGAGACUGCUCACAAGUAAAAUUUGUACUUCUUGAACAAUAAAUUCUACCUCCUUGUGUUGCACAGUGCUCUUACUGGCAUCAUAAGGAAUUGACUCAAUCUUAGUUUUUUUGUCACACAUGGUAUCCCUUUCUUAUACAAGGGAUUGUUCAUCUGUGCCUUUAAUUCCAGUUGACCCAUGUUAAUCUCGAUGAGUGUGCUAUGUGUAUAUGUAUUUAAGAUGUACAUUUAAUAAUAUCAAAGUGAAGUGCCUGUUAAUUUAUAAUGUAUUUUGAAAGCUUUUGUUUUUUUCACUUGUAAAAUAAUCUCUCUGACUUGUUACACAAAUUUAUAAAGGUCUGCUUUCUCUCAUCUCGCAUUCUAAAAUCCAAAAAGCUCUGGAAGCAAGAUUUUCUCAAGGUUGGUAACAAAACGCAGUUACUUGCAAAUCUGAUUUGAGCCGACAUGGAAUCUGUUUAUCCCAAUUUGUGAAUACUCAUUUAUUUUGCUAAAGAACUAUGAAUGCUUUGAUUAUAGGGACUGGUAUGUGACAGACCUUGCUGCAAGUUGCAUCAUAGGAUACAUGCACUGAACUGUCUAAAAGUUGGAAAAGAGAAACAUCUACACCGCAAGGGUGGAGAUGUCAUUUAUAAUUUAGAAGGUAUUAUUUUUUUAAUGUGAAAUGCUUUUGUAUUUUAGAGUUUUUCACUUUGUAUAUUAAAUGAUAAUGAUUUUUAAA